AUGGAGCACACGCGAACACAAACUAAUACUCCUCCCGCGGAGGCUGUUGCUUUGCACCAGGACCCACGCAGAGGUUCAAGAGGCCCCUCGGACCCGAAGGCGAUGAAUAGUGGUGGCAAGACCUCCGCCAGCCAAGCAGGAAGUGGCUCCACUCGCCAGACAUCAUCUGCUGCAGUUGUGAAUGUCAAACCUCAAGGCAGCGGAAAGGAAAUGGAAUGCGACUAUGUGGGCGAUGUGAGAGCGUCGUCGGACCAUGGGUCUAUCACGCCUUCUCAACAAGUUGACAUUGACGAUAGUAGUUCACAGCGCUCUGGAGAUGAAUCAGGCUCAACUUCAUCGCAGUUACAGACUUCAAGGUACGGUGACCAGAAUCAACUUGUUCAAGAGCCUCAAGCUUUUGCACCAGCGCACACCUUAUUUCCUGCGGCUACCGACGCCAUUUUCAAGCCCUUUGAUGACAAAGUAGGCAGGUUUUUGGCUUCCACAGGUAAAGCGAAUCCUCCUGCUACGUCACUCGAGCCAAAAUCGACGCUUUCGCAUGCAGACAACGAUUCUGAAUCCGCAGGAUGUCGUGAGGUUGACUUGAGAGCAUUGGCGUCUUUUAAAGCUACUUCCAAUAAAAGUAAUAAGUGUCGGUCGCAUUCCUUACCCUCCAUUCUGCAUUCAUCGCUAAGAACUAUGGGCCUGUCGAACAAUAGUGGAUUUUUGAACGCUCAGCGACUCCAGCAAGACAACUUAGACCACCAACAGCAAUCAAAUCAACAACACGGUCUACCUCCAUGCCACCAGCAGACGGGGCUGCACAUGAACCGUGGCAUCAAAAAGAAGAAGCAGAGCAAGCAUUCGGCAUCUUUGCGCCACGCAUUGUUGUUAAACCAGCGGAUCCAUUCAACGAACAACAACCUUAGCGUGAGGGACAGAAUUAAGUAUAUGGAAUCAUAUCCUGGCCCAACUCCCUUACCGCCAAUAAACUUACAGUGUCUGAAGGAGAUUGAUUUGCAAGAAAUAGUGAAGAACCCACAGCUGAGACAUGACAUCCUAUUUGAUCCUUUGUUGCAAUUUCGGCCUAAUUUAGAUGGAGAGAGAGGGUUAAAGAAGAAACAAGUUUCGGACAAAUAUUGGUAUGAUGUGGAGAAUGAAAUAAUCGUUUACAAAUCAAAUCCAGAAGUAUUUCGCUUCGAUCAAACGAGGCUUGUUCCUCUAUUCAACAGCCUUAAGGAGGUACUGAUAACAAUCGUUCCUCAGAAAGAGGUGCACACUGUCGAGAACGUUUUGGAUACAGAGCUGUUGGUACAAGAGCUUUUAAAAGGCUCGUUAAUGAUGUCAAAGUUUUCUGAUUGGUUGGCUCAGUUGUUUAAGCACCACUGCGCUCCUAUGAGGGACCCGUGGGUUGACAAGAUGAGUCAGAAAUUCAGGGAAUCGGAAGAGGAAAAGUCGGUGCCUAAACUCGUCGCAGGAUUGAGGCUAGUCUUUCAGAUCUUGGAAGCAAUGAAAUUGGAUAUCGCAAACCAUCAAAUAAGGAUCCUGAGACCUGCUUUGUUGAGUAAUGCGGUCGAGUUUGAAAAGCAAUACUUUCAGUCGUUAAUGAGCAGUAAUAGAGUAAAUUUGAAGUCAUCAUUCAAGUGGUUCAGUUCAAAGUGCGCGGAAUACGAAAAAUCGCUAGCCUCACCAAGCGAGCGUCUACAGGCAUCUGAUGUUUACCGCUUGUGCAUCAGGAGCAUCGUUAGCCUUUUGUCAUGCCGAAAGAUGGUCCGCGAAUACCCAACUUCUCUUUCUUUCGACCACGCUCGCUUGAUUCUACUGAGAGCAGAUAUACGACAAAUAGUUUGUCUUUUGGUUUGUCGAUUGCUGUUCAAACAGCUGGUGGCUAAUGAUAGUUCUCUCGAAAAAGCCACCAAGGACCACAUCAUCAACUCCUAUACGAAUAAGAAGCUCAAGGAUGAAAUUGUCAGCAUCAUUACUGAUGAGCAUGGAAAUUGCAGAUGGACGAAGAAUACAAUGUCGAUUGCCAUACAUUUUUGUAAAACGAUUGCUGAGCUCAAACAAGAUUUUCUUUUACAGAAGAACUUUGGGGAUGUCAAUUUAGCAAACACCUCUUCUUGCCCAUCUUCUGUUAUUCAGGGCCCUUCUCUGAAUAACGCCCAAAUAGACUUUGCAAAGUCAUGGCUCUCAAAGCAGACGCAGCCUUUAAGUGAAGUGUACGGCGUUCUCGAAGCUCGCGUUUUGCAACAGCUAGAAAAUAGCAUUUUUUCGCGGUCAAGUUGUACACAGGACGGAACCAUCAAACAAGAUUUUGUUCAUCUUUGCAGUACCAUUAAUGCGAAUGCCUCAGCAUCCUCGUUCGCGAGUUCUGCAAACCGUGGAAUGCAAGUGAAGUCUGCAAAUCAAGCUCCCUCGUCAAGUGAUCAAGCCGCCUUUGAUCAACAGGCAGGGGCAUCACGGUCAACAGGUCUGGCGUCAUUGGAUAUGGAAGAGUUUGAGAGUCUUUUCUGCCAUUUAUAUACAUUGGUGAAUUUCCAUUGGUCGGUUUUUGGGUGUCUCUAUAUGGAUUAUUUGGGAGACAAAAUGGAGGAAGUUCACUAG